AUGGAAAAUUGGAGAAAAAACCAAAGGAUCAGUAAUCAUCAAGUGGGAGAUUGGAGAUCCUCAUCUUAUAACGGCAAACCACCUUUGGGUAAAGUGUCUUUUUGUUUUCCCUUUGUUUCGUUUAGUUUUGUUCUUUCUUUUGAUUCUUUUUACUUCUUUUGGUUCAUAGAUAAGAGGUAUAUGUAUAUGCAUUCCAAUGUGAUGAACUGGGAAGACUAUGCUGUCAAAGAGGCAUUUGAAGAUGAAAAAUUCAGGUUUUGGGCUGAGAACAACGGCUUUUCCUGCAACAUUCCAUUGCCCGAUCCCAGUGACAUGUACAUUGAUGAUGUAGAUUGGAAUACAAAUGUUGAUUCUGAACUAUCCCAACAGAAUGAUUCUCAAAGGUGGAUUUCAGAGGAAUACCAUGCUGGUGACUUACAUGACAAGUAUCAAGCAAGAAAUAAUGCGAACGGAAAUUGGGGAACAUGGGAAGGAAAUAACAGAAGGAGAGAUAACGGCAUAUCAUGGUCUAUGAACCCUACAUAUCAGAAUGGUAAUAAUCAAUAUGAUAUGAAUCGAGGAAGAGGAAAUGGAGGAAGAGGAAGAGGAAGAAGGGGAGGUGGAGGAAGAGGAAGAGGAAGAACGGGAGGUGCAGCAAGAGGAAGAGUGGAAAGAGGGGGAGGUAGCUGCUCCCAGUUCAUGGUAAAUUCCUUAUGA